AUGGAAAAUUUCUGGACAUUUUGUGUGAGUGUUUUGUGCGUGUGUGUGGCAGUUAGGACUCAAAUUAUACCUAGCAAGACUAGAGCGAGCGAUGGCGAUUUUAAUAAUGUCAAUACGGAUGGAUCUUUUGAUUUCGGAUAUGUAAACAAAGACAGAGGUUCAAGCUAUCAUCUAGCAAAGGGCAACGCUAACGGGGUGGUAGGCGGUAGAUUUGGAUCAAGAGAACCAGGAACUGAAGAAGUGAAAGAAACUAUAUACACCGCUGGACCUAGGGGUUUCCGUGCAAAAGGACCUAACGUACAUCGCAAAAUAGACCUCGACCAGAGACCCAGAGGUCCAAUUGGGAAUAAGGAUGACCCCUACUUUGAUCCCAACGAAGAUCCAAGUUACUCCUACAAGAUAGACACGAGAACUUAUACUAAAAACGAAAACGCAGAUAGCAGGGGAGAUGUUAAAGGACACUACUCAUUCGUGGAUGAUAUUGGAGAGAGACAUGACGUCUCAUAUAUCGCUGGCAGAGACACUGGGUUUCACGUGUCUUCGGCUUUCCCAGACGCACCUAGAGGCAUAGGAUCGCCCUUCCAUAGAGCACCGUUAGUAAGGAACGAAAAGAACCCAAGAGGCAAGACAGCAGUACAAAGGGGAUUGGAUGGUUCUUAUAGAUUUAUAUCAGCUGGGCCAGACCAAAGAAGAACAGAGACUAGUGAUUCCCAUGGUAACGUCCGAGGAUCAUACACGUUUUUGGACGACAAAGGCGUGCAAAGGACAGUGCACUAUAUAGCUGGCCCCGGUAUAGGGUACAGAAUAGUCAAGAACAGCAAUGACCCAUUUAUACCAUCCUACUUCCCAACAUUACCUAGUCAGUAUGAGCCUGAGUUUAAUGAUGUCAGUUCUGUUGGAGCUUCAGUAGCACCAGCCUUUGCCCCUAAUGAUGAUGGAGCUGAUGACGUUUUUAAAGGUCCCGAUGGAACAGCCGCAUCUGGUCACGUCAAGCCACCGCCCUUCCCAUCACCAGACUCAGAUAGACCAGACCCGCCGAGUGACGUUAACAGCGGUGACACUAGUUCCAACAGUUUCGGUCAUGCCCCACCUUACACACCCGAAUCAGAAAACCAAGACAUAAGCUACGUGGACGAAGAAACGAGCAGUUUUGGCCCGAAGCCAAGCAAAGGCAAACCGUGGCGUCCGAGCAGCAAACCUUUUAGAACGACGAAGAAGCCUUACGUACCGCUAAAGCCUUCUCAGGCGCCAUUUAUUAAAGAAGAAUUCGACAGUGGUGAAAGUAGUAAACCAAUUUUUGGUAUAGGAUACAAUGUUAAGCCCCAAACGACCAUUAUUAGGAAUAUAGGAAAGGAUUAUUUUGGUAUCGCGCCGGGAGUGUCGGUCAGAGCGCAUGUGCAAAGCAUAGAUUUAUAUCCUUUCGGCUCUAAGCCCUUAUCACCGUCGGAGGCUUUAGAAAAUGAUACCUUAAUACAUUGA